AAAGUGGAGCAGAAGACGGGGCGCGGCGGCGCUGGCGACGGCCCGGGGCUGGCGGCGGGCGCCGACCCGGAGGCGGACGGCGCCGCCGCCGCCGACGACGAGGACCCGGGGGGCGCGGACGCCGCGUGGAUGCAGGGCGCCGCGGCGCGCAUGGCCGCGCGCCGCCGCCACCUGCAGCUCAACUGCGCCACCUACGGCCUCGACCAGCCCGGCAACGACUCGCUGCACCGCGCCAACCCCUGGGAGUUCUUCGUGGAGCGCCCGCACCGCCUCGUCUGGUGCAACGUCUUCAAGGCCGCCUCCACCUCGUGGAUGUACAACUUCAACCUGCUGGCCGGCUACAGCCCGGCCUUCCUGCUCAAGAGCAAGGUGGUGCCGCUCAACCUGGCCCGCCGAAAGUACCCGCGCCCGUCCCUCGCCGACCUGCAGGGGGCGCUGAACGACUCUGUAUCCUUCCUCAUCGUCCGCCAUCCUCUAGAGCGCCUGCUCUCGGCGUACCGUGACAAGAUGGAGUACUCUCUGCCUCACACAUUUCACCAAAAGCUGGGAACAGAGAUCAUCCUCAAGUAUCGAACCAGCCCUCCAAAGUUCUUCCCGCAAGGGCGGAAAUCCAGUCGGCGGAACCCGCGCUGGCCCACGUUCCCGGAGUUCGUGCGCUACCUGGUGGACGAACACCGCAAGGGCCAGUCCUUCGACAUGCACUGGACGCCUAUCGCCGAGUUCUGCACUCCGUGCCAAGUUCGCUUCGACGUCAUAGCGAAGUUUGAAACACUGCAGGAGGAUCAGAACUACUUAAUCCACCUCGCACAUCUUCAGAAAAUAAUUAAACCGCAAUGGAAGAACCCUGCGAAAGGCCGCACUACGAAGGAGGUGGUUGCUGGUUAUUAUUCUCAGCUCACGAAGAUUCAAAUUUUACAGCUGUACAACAUCUAUAACCGCUACCGCGCGAAGCGCCCCGGCCGCGGUUCCGCCCCCGCGCGGCCUGGAUGCACAACGAACGCCGCCCCUGGGAGAGAUGCAUUGGCAUUACAUAACCUUGCGUGUGUCGUCGGUGCGCAGCUGCUGGCGGAGGGCGCGGCGCAGGUGCUGAUCGUGGACACGCGCGCCAAGGCCGCGCGCGCCGCCAUGGCCAGGCUCAACUACCGCUUCGGCGCCGACCGCGCGCUCUUCGCCCGCGCCGACGUGGCCGACCCCGCGCAGCUCGAGUGCGCCUUCAACGCCGCCGUCGACCGCUUCGGCCGCGUCGACAUCCUCGUCAACAACGCCGCCGUCUUCGACGACUGCCACUGGGAGAGCGCCGUCAACACAAACGUCAAAGUGCCUUCACGACAUGAGUGCGGCCGCCACGUCGCCACCUUCCUCUAAUCCGAGGCUGCAGCCUCAGCUCUGGAUCCGCCAUUUUGUGAUUAACUGCUCCGUGCGAAGAGGCGGAGGAACGGCCUUGCCCUCUUGUCGUGAAGUUGAGCCCGAGUUGUGCCAGCGAACCAGGAACUCUGACGUCACGCGGCUCUACUUUUCACCCCAUUGGACCCUCAAGACCCACGUCAUAUAAGAAAUAACAUUUUCCAAGGAGAAAAAAGAACACACUGUUUAGUUUGCGUGCCAUUUAUAUCAAAUAGAGUAAUCGUUUACAUGCAGAUACACUAUUUCUUAAACGUUACCACAAAUUUAUCCAAAUUUAUACAUGUGCUUUAUAGACAUAUGUUUGUAGACAUAUUUAAUAAUUAAUUAUAUAAAUAUGUGAAAUUCAUUAUGAUCCAAUAAAGUAUUUUCUUAUUCUUUUACGAAUAUGAAUAAUAAAAUGAUUGGCUUAUUUAUCAUAAACAUAAAUUUGAAGGAAGAUGGUGCAUAGAAAAAAGGAUGUUCAGCCCAUGAGAAAAAUCGAGCAAAACUAAUUUAAAAAAAAAACACGUUUACAUUCACAAGGAAAGUGAUUGACGUAUAACAAAAAUGAACUAUAGUGUGACUAGAACAAAACAAUAAAAACUACAACGAAAUCGAAUAAAUUAUAUUUUCUAGACAAAUAUUAUUCUUUCAACUUUACCCUUUUCCGAUAACAGUGUUUUAUUAUAUCUGCCUAAUAUGAUGGUUGGGCAAAAAUCACAAUUUCUUUCACAAUGGAAGAGUAGUUUCCAGGAACUUUGAAAGCGUGGUGAUUAAAUAGAAUGGACAAUUUUCUACUAGACUCGCUUUUUAUAUGAUUUUAGAAUUGGGGAAGUAAUUGUAUGCUUCAAUUUUUGUGGAAAAGUCACGUUCGAAAUUGCGUAUUAUAAAUAUUAGUGUUAAAUGGUAUGUCUACGUUAGGGUCAUUCAGGCUUCUGCAAACGGAAAUAUUAUCUACCGAGAAAGGGACAUCCUUUUAGAGCAGCCAACUUUACAAAGAUAAUUCAAGGGUACGUUUUAAAUCAAUAUAUCAAUAUUAAAUAAAAACAAAUUCUCUAAACAUAAUAAAUAAUUCAUUAAAUGCCGACUAUAAUUCACUGAACUUGUGUACUUUCAAUAACAAGCGAAAUUCAUAAAAUUACGUUGCAGCUAGUCGAAGACAGAAUAAUGACAUUUCCCCGAGACUCCUUCGGUCGCCGCUCUGCGCUAGACAGCGCCACCCUAUUGGUUGCCCUACCAAAAAGGCUUAUGCUUGCCGUGUUACAUCGAAGGGCCAAAGAGUAAAUGCAGUAAACAAUUGUAA